ACCAAUCAAAAACUCCAAAGCUCUUGAUUUUCUGAAGAAGCAACAGAGAGAGAGAGAGAGAUUUAAUGGCGGCCAUGAACUCUAGUGUUCUCACCUGCAGCUACGCAAUCUCUGGUGCUAGCUCAACAGAGCUAAACCAGAAAGUGGGUUUAGUGAACUCAUCGGUUGGGUUUGGUCAGAAGAAACAGACGGUUCCUGUGAUCAAAGCAGCUCAAAGAGUUGGUGGUGAUGAUGUUAAUGGAAGAAGAUCCGCAAUGGUGUUCUUAGCUGCUACACUCUUCUCCUCUGCUGCUGUGUCUGCUUCUGCUAAUGCUAGCGUCUUCGAUGAAUACCUCGAGAAGAGCAAAGCCAACAAAGAACUUAAUGAUAAGAAGAGAUUGGCAACAAGUGGAGCAAACUUUGCGAGAGCAUUCACUGUUCAAUUCGGAAGCUGCAAGUUCCCUGAGAAUUUCACUGGUUGCCAAGAUCUUGCCAAGCAAAAGAAAGUGCCAUUUAUCUCAGAAGAUUUGGCUUUGGAAUGUGAAGGCAAAGACAAGUUCAAGUGUGGUUCCAAUGUUUUCUGGAAAUGGUGA